AGGGCCAAGCCGCCAGUCGUGAAUCUGCUUCCGAGGUGAAGUACCGUCUCUCUGUGCUUCGUUUUAUUACUUUUCCCAUUGGUUGUUUUGAAAAUCGAGUGUUGUGCAGUGCAGUGCCCACGUGGAAUAAGUGCAGUAACGCCGAGUGUCAGUGCCAACGAGGCGGUUUUUUUCCUCUCCCAGCGACGACGGAUAAAUAGUUUCUAUUCCCGUUUGGAUUACCAUUUAGGAGAAUAGAGCAGCUGCCAAGAGUGGGCCCAUCCCCACCACCCGUCCAACGUGUAAAUGCCAUAAUAGCAUUUCUCGACCAGAAUGGAGGGCAGUAGAACAAAGCUUACGGACGUCAACCCGCAUCUGGUUUGCGUCCUUUGCCAUGGAUAUUUCGUGGACGCGACGACAAUCGCCGAAUGCCUGCAUUCGUUUUGCCGAAGCUGCAUUUUCCGACAGUUGGAAAGGAAAAGCAUCUGCCCUAUUUGUGAAGUACAGGUGCACAACACGAAAUUACAUUUAAGCUUAAGAUUGGAUAAAACAUUGCAGGAUAUCGUGUACAAACUCGUUCCUGGUUUGUUCAGAAACGAGAUGCAAAGGCGAAGAGAUUUCUACAAAAAUCAUCCAUAUAGAGACGAACACCUUGACCCAGAAAGCCGCGGCGUCGGGCUCGACAGGCUUAUCUAUUCGCCUGACGAUCUCAUCAGCCUUUCUUUGGAAUUUUACGAUGAAGAGCUAGAGCGAGAAGAGUGGUCAAACAAUAACAACAACAGUCCAAAGCCCAAUCCUGAAAAGGAGGUUGCCCGUGGGACGAAACGCUACCUUCAGUGCCCUGCAGGAUUCAAAAUGGCCCACCUGAAGAAAUUCAUCCGACAGAAGUACGGACUUCCGCCGAAUUGUAACGUGGAAAUUAUGUACAGAAGAGAGUCAUUGCCUGACACUUACUCUUUGAUGGAUAUAGCUUACAUAUACACAUGGAAAAGGAAUGGCCCUAUGCGUUUUUAUUACCGAAUGCCUGAUUUCGUUCAUAAACAAAUUUUACCACCGUUAGACGAGAAGGCAAAAGACGAAAAAGUCACGACACCGGUGGCUGCAGAGGAAUCGACAGUUUCUGACGUUGAAACACCCAAAUCGAAAGAAAACGGUACCACUCCGACCGUGGCUGAAGAGAAAGAACCGCCGGGAGAAAAAUUCCAGGACAAACCUAUUCCCGAGGUAAAGCCCGAGCCGAAAGUGCAACCGACUAAUGAUGAACUGCCUCCUUUGAAAGUCAACGGAGAACCAAAGCGAGAUGAGACGGAAGUCGUUUCUAAAGAGUCAACACCGGCCAAGCCCGAAGAGAAGAAAAAUUGUUUAGAAAAUACACUUCCGAACGGGUUGGUCACAACGAGGCCGUUGUCGAAGCAAGACGAACUCUCGGUCAGCGUUCUUUUGUCUCUUGGAAAUUGCCGUGUUGACGAGAAGCAGCCUAGCCUCGAUAAACCGAAACCGCCUGAAGAGCAAAAAGAACCCGAACCGGAAUUCACAUUUCCGAAGCCGUUUUGCUAUGCAAAAGCUCCGAAUACGCCUCGCCCCGGAACGGAACACUACAACAAGAAAAUUCUCAACGGAAAACUUAAUCCAAAGUUUUCCGUUAACAACAUAGCGUCUGAAUUGGCUAAGAACAACCGUUUGAACUCUGGGAAGAAAAUUCUACCUUGGCAACGACCGGAACUGUUGAAAAAGAACCAUAGGAAUGAGCAAUAUAUAAAACCGAAGCCUUCGGAGAAAUCGGAUCCUUUCGCGUUCCCAGUCAACGACGCGGUGAGAUCGAGUAAUUCUAGUCCAUUACAACAUUCUACUCAAUACAAACCCUUAGCUCAGAAAACCCCAGAACCGACUGUCCCACCUCUCAAAAUAAGCCUUUCGAAGGGAAAUCCGAGAGUGGAUCCCUCUUCUCUUCCCACUGCCCUGCCGAAGCCUAAAGUAGCCCCGUCGGGGAAUAACUCGCCGUCUUCGUCCCAGAACGGUUACUCCGUCAAUCCGGAAAGGCCCGAGGUGACCGUCAAAACGACAAACGGGAGUCUGACCAUAACGACACAACCUCCCGUCGCUCAGAACGGAUCCCGAUCGCCUCAACAACCGGACCCUCACAGGAAAUCAACGGCAACCCCGCCCAACAUAAGGCGGGUGAACGGAGGCGGAGGUUUGACAAUAGUCCCGGAAAUCAAGCCCAAGGAAAACACCGUGCCAUCCCAGAAUAGCGUAAAUACGACACACAGGUUACCUACUUUCCCUAAGCCGCCUGUGAGAAAGAGUACUUUCAUGCCGGGAGGCGUUAUAAGCAAAACGGGCCCGACGUUGGACCAGAGGAUUCAACAGUUGUAUAAAAAUCAAAACAACCGACAACCAUCCGUUCCCAACUCGCCGGUCGUCAGUCAAGCUCAACCGGCGGGGAAACCUCAAGAAUCCAGAUUGGCGAAUUGGUUGAACAACAGAUUCCCACCGCAACAGAAACCGCCGACGCCCAACGACCAACCGGCCCCGAAGAACGCGAUCACGCCGAAAAGUCCGAAAUCCGAAGAGAAAAAAGAAGUGAAAGAAUCCGACGUGGCCAAACUCAGCAAGGAGAUGUGCAUGCUGAAACGGAAACUGGACGAGCUGAGAAAUGCCCAAAACGCUUGUGAGAUCACUCAGGAGAAUCCGGGUCCCGAAAUCGCCAAAAAGAGAAGGGACGUGACGCCCGACGUCUCGAUCGAGUUUAUGAGAGCGUCGGAUAUGAAAAAAGUAGAAGUCGCGGUGAAAACGAAAGAAAAGACCACGGUGAAAAGACCCGUACCGGCUUUGAAAGCCAUCCAGGAAAUCGACGUCUCCAAGAGGAAAAACGUCGAAGAUGAUAAAGGGCCGGCCAAAAAGGCGAAGCUCGCCGUGAAAAAGGAGGAGGAAGCGUUGGAUUUGAGCGGAGCCGGGGCCGGUAAACCCGGGGUCGAUCUAGCACACAGAAUGGCCCUCAUCCAUCAAAACGGAAGACUGCCACCGCCGGAACCCGCCCUACACUGGAUGCUCAACCGUCCGCUCCUAGCCAACCAGCAUUUCAUCCCUAGGUCGACGUAACCCUGAACAUUAAUGGUACUGUGAACUGUGCUACCAUUGUAUACGAAUUUAGUCAUUAAGUCAAACGGCCCUCAACGCUAAUUCCCGACUGAUUUAUAUGUGAUUAAAGUAAAUAAUUGGCUGUAAAUUCACAUAUUUCCAUGGACGCAUUACUCGAAGCGAAUAAUUUUACUCGGAGUAUGCGUUGCAUAGCCCUCACUAAUUUGCAACCAUUAUUUUGUGAAUAAGUAAAAAA